AUGUCCCUCAACUUCGUCACCCUCGAUGUAUUCACAUCCACCCCCUACUCCGGCAACCCUCUAGCCGUAGUCUUCCUCCCCGAGCAAGGCGCGCUAUCCCAAACCCAAAAGCAAACAAUUGCCCGAGAAUUCAAUCUCUCAGAAACCAUCUUCGUCCACCCCGUUCAAGAAAAGACAAAGCGCACAAUCGACAUCUUCACUACAGAUUGCGAAAUUCCUUUCGCAGGCCACCCGACUAUCGGCGCCGCAUCUUGGUUCCUCACUCACUCCACCGACGAGGGCGUCACCACCCUCGCUACAAAGUCCGGUGAUAUCCCUAUCUCAGUGCAGGAUCCGGCGAGUGGUUAUGUCGCCGCGCAGAUCGCGCAUAACACGCGCAUUCACGCUGCGCGAUUCGAACUGGCUGAGCUACUACGCUUGCAUCCUAGCUUGACGCCAUUUUUGAGUGGGGAUGUUACGUUCCCGCUGUUUUCGAUUGUCAAUGGUAUGAGUCAGUUGUUUAUUGAGUUGGGUUCAUUGGAGGCGCUGGCGGCUGUGACGGCUCCAACUGGUGGGGAGCUGAUUUCGGCGAAGUAUCUUGAUGAGGGGUGGAGAGCGGGUUUGGUGUGCGUUUAUUUCUUUGUGAGGGAUGUGCAGGAUGAGGUCUUGGGGAAGAAGGUCAUUCGCUCGAGAAUGAUGCUGGGUACUUUAGAGGACCCGGCUACUGGUAGCUCGGCUAGUGGGCUUGCGGCGUAUUUGGCGCUUACGGAGGGACAGGCUGGGCAGCAGCAUGAUUAUCAUGUUGUGCAGGGUGUGGAGAUGGGUCGUCGGAGUGACAUUGGUGUUGGCGUUACGCUGGAUGCGGGGAAGAAGAUUGAGCAGGUUGUGCUUACUGGUACUGCUGUUAGUGUAUCUGAGGGCAAGGUGCGGGUUCCCCAGGCCUGA